AUGGCGAAUAAUUUAGCAAAGUGCUGUUGUUAUUGCAACGCCCUUAUAAUUGCUCAUAUCAUAGGAACCUUAUUUAGUAUUGCACCAUUUGUUUUCGCAGUCCUUUCCAUAGGCCGAGACCGCCCGGCUUUCUACCUCAACGAUUUACAUGUUUCGUUGCUAAACAAAACACUCACCAACACAACCACAACCAUGAUUCACUUCAACCUCACAAUCAAAAACCCAAACAUUUUAUACGGUCUCUACUAUAAAGAUCCUCUUAAUCUCACCUUCACUUACUUCCCACCAUCCAUAAACAAGACCAACAACGUAACCAUAGGGAGAUACAACAUUCAAGGGUUUUAUCAAGGAUUUCGUAAGGUUAAACAUGUUAGAGACUUUGUGGUGGUUCAAGACAUUUUUUCCGUGGCUAAGCAGCUCAAGGAACCGGCAAAAGUGGCACUUUUGUUAGUGGAUUUGGAUGCUAGAGUGAAGUUUAAGUCGAUUGAGCACAAAAAAUUUCAUUUGGUGUCUAGAGUUUUUGUGGAAGUUAACUGCAACACUGGUAAUGUUGUUCAAAAUAAGACCGAUUUUCAAAUGCGUUACACUUCUGGAUCCGAUAAGUGGAAAUUUAUACAAUGGUAA